AUGAGCGAAGGCGAAAAAGAUAUUCUAAUGAAUCAAACUACGGAGGAAGAAAAAAGUAAUAAUCAUGGAAGCGCCAACAUGGACAGUACCCCCCAAGAGAAUAACGACAACAUCUUCUCCAACAAUGACGAAUUACAAAAAGAAAUUAACAAAAUGAUUCAAAGGAACGUUGUUUAUUUAAAUAUAAAAAACAAAAACAGUACCAUCAAGACGAUAAAGAAAAAUAACCUAAGCACAAAGAAAAAAGAUCACAAGAAUACGCAUUUGAAGCGAUUGAUCAAGGCGGGAAAAAAUAUGGAGAAUGAUAUGCUCGAAGAAAUUAGCGAACGCAGAAAAAAAAAUAAAAUAAAAAGGGAACAGAAAAAAGCUAAAAAGUUGGAGGGGGAAUUGAAGGUCGGAAAUAUGACCGUUAUUAAAGACAUUUCAAAAAUGAGGAAGUGCGACAAAAAGGCGAAGAACAAAAUAUACAAGUUGUCUUCAGACAUUAUUCACAAAAUUUUGAAAAAAAAAAAGUGA